AUGCCUCCUAAGAAGAGCGCGACCAAGACCGCGGCACGGACGGCCUCCGUUACCCAAAAGAAGACUACUGUGGCCGCAAACACCACGAAGAAAGCUACUGCGACUAAAAUUGCGGCUCGGGAACGUGCAGCGAUCACUGCCACCACCAAGAACAGAGCCACGAAGACUGCCACGAAGCCCGCGGCGGCGCGCAAAGCUGCCAAAGCAGAGGACAUAACCAAAAAGCGAGCUCUCACCGAUGACGAGGAUGAUGAUUUGACUAGUCGCUCGACCAAGCGCGCUCGUGUUGCGAAACCCGCCACCGCAAAGCGGAAGCCAAAGGUGGUCAUCAACAGCGCGCCCACCGUCAAACUGAACGUUUACGUAUGUGGUGAAGGCAGCUCUGGUGAACUUGGCCUGGGGGUCGGGAAGAACGUUAUCGAUGUGAAGCGUCCACGUCUCAACCCGCACCUGCUGCCGGAUUCUGUUGGCGUCGUGCAGGUGGCUGUCGGCGGCAUGCAUUGCGUCGCCCUUACGCACGAUAACAAGAUCCUCACCUGGGGUGUCAAUGACCAGGGUGCCCUCGGUCGCGACACAACAUGGGAGGGUGGUUAUAAGGACAUGGACAAGGGUGGUUCGGGCUCGGAUUCGGACGACGAUUCGGACGACGACCCCGAGUUGAAUCCUCAUGAGUGCACGCCAACUGCUAUUCCUUCCGGUGCUUUCCCUCAGGGCACAGUUUUCGUCGAAGUCGCUGCUGGUGACAGUUCAAGCUUUGCCCUCACUGACGAAGGUGAAGUGUAUGGCUGGGGAACAUUUAGGAGCAACGAUGGGAUUCUCGGAUUCGAUGCCAGCAGCAAGGUUCAGAUGGUCCCCAAGCUUUUGCUGGGCCUCAAGAAAGUAAAGCACCUAGUGUGUGGAGACAACCACGUUCUCGCCCUCAACGAAAAGGGUGCCGUUCUCUCGUGGGGAUCCGGCCAGCAAAAUCAACUAGGUCGUCGCAUCAUUGAGCGCAACAAGUUGAACGGGCUUCAGCCCCGAGAAUUUGGCCAUCUCAAGAACAUCGUUCAUAUCGGCGCUGGCGCCUUCCAUUCAUUCGCCGUGGACCAGAACGGCAAGGUUUACGCCUGGGGCCUGAACAGUUUUGGUGAGACGGGCAUCCGUGAGAAUGCGGGUGAUAGUGAGGCUGCCAUUGUCCGGCCCGAGGUUGUGAAGUCACUGUCAAAAAUGAACAUCGCCCAGAUCUGCGGCGGUGCACACCAUUCUAUAGCUGCCACACAGGAUGGCCAAUGUCUUGUCUGGGGUAGACUUGAUGGUUAUCAGACCGGCCUGAAGAUCGAUAGCCUCCCCGAUGACGCGGUUAUCAAGGACGAGCGUGGUCGUCCCCGCAUUCUAAUCCAGCCUACAGCUGUUCCCGGAAUCAAAGCUAAAGCUGUCGCGGCGGGUUCCGAUCACUCAAUCGCGAUUGGUACCGAUGGCCGCCCCUGGUCUUGGGGCUUUUCCGCUACCUACCAGACCGGCCAAGGCACGCAGGAUGAUGUCGAAGUCGCAACUAUCGUUGAGAACACUGCUGUUCGGGGCAAGGCCCUCAACUGGGCUGGAGGUGGCGGUCAAUUCUCAGUCUUCACCGAGCCAAUUUGA